AAGGGGUAGAGCGGCGGCCCCGCGGGGGCGGCAGGCCGGGCGGACUACAGCUCCCGAAGGGCUGCGGGCGCCGGCGGCGUCGCUUCCUGCCGCGGCCGCGCCGUUUCCCGCGGAGCAUCGGCGGGAGGCGAUGGAGGGUGACGCAGGGGAGCGGCUGGUGCAGUGCCCCGUGUGCCUGCGGGAGCUGCCGGCCGCGCACAUCAACGCGCACCUGGACCGGUGCUUGCAGGCCGGGGAGGGCGAGGCGGAGCGGGGGUGGCCGCCCCCCUGCAAGAGGAUGCGCCUCGCCGCCGCCCCGCAGGAGAGCGAGCAGGUGGCGGGGGAGCUGGAGGAGCCCUGCCCUGCCGCUGUCCCCGUCUUCUCCCUCUUCCACAAGGGCCGCGGGGCCGGCGCCGCGGGGCCGAGCCCGGGAGGCGCCGGCGGGGGGCGCGGGGCGCGGCGGGCGGCCGCCGAGGAGCCGGAGGACGGAAGCGAGCGGGAGGCGCCGGGCGGCAGGAGCAUCGCGCGGAAGCUGGAGGGGAAGCCGCUGGCCGACAAGCUGCGGCCGGACACGCUGGGGGACUACGUCGGGCAGGAGCGGGUGCUGGGCGCGCAGACCCUGCUGCGGUCCUUGCUGGAGGCCCACGAAAUCCCCUCCCUCAUCCUCUGGGGGCCACCGGGCUGCGGCAAGACUACCCUGGCGCACAUCAUAGCCAGCAGCAGCAAAAAGAACGGCACAAGGUUUGUGACACUAUCAGCCACAAGUGCCAAGACAAAUGAUGUUCGAGAUGUCAUCAGCCAAGCCCAGAAUGAAAAAAGACUGUUCAAGAGAAAAACCAUCCUCUUUAUUGACGAGAUCCAUCGUUUCAAUAAAUCUCAGCAGGACACUUUCCUUCCUCACGUUGAAUGUGGAACUGUGACGCUGAUUGGAGCAACCACAGAAAACCCUUCCUUCCAAGUCAAUUCUGCUCUUCUGAGCCGAUGCCGGGUUAUCGUUCUGGAGAAGCUCUCGGUUGAGGCAAUGGAGGCGAUUCUGAUACGAGCGGUCAGGUCCUUAGGGAUCCAGGUUUUGGGCCAAGGUGAACAGCACAACAGGUCUGCCACUGGCAGCAAUAGCGAGAGCUCAGAAUUCCCUGUGUACAUAGAGAAGAAAGCUCUAAGUACCCUAGCCUACCUUUGUGAUGGUGAUGCACGGACUGGAUUGAAUGGACUUCAGUUAGCAGUUCAGGCCAGAUUAGCAGCAGGGAUUACCAAAGGUUGUUCUGCAGAUGGAGUUCUGAUAACAGAAGAGCAUGUAAAGGAAGGACUACAACGAUCUCAUGUACUCUAUGACCGAGCAGGAGAAGAACAUUACAAUUGCAUCUCUGCCCUGCAUAAGUCUAUGAGAGGUUCGGAUGAAAACGCUUCCCUUUACUGGCUUGCUCGAAUGCUUGAAGGUGGUGAGGAUCCACUCUAUGUGGCAAGGAGGCUGGUGAGGUUUGCAAGUGAAGAUAUUGGGCUGGCCGAUCCUUUGGCUUUAACGCAAGCAGUUGCUGCUUAUCAGGGUUGUCACUUUAUUGGAAUGCCAGAAUGUGAGGUCAUUCUCGCACAGUGUGUAGUCUAUUUUGCCAGAGCACCAAAAUCCAUAGAGGUAUACAGGGCAUACAGCAAUGUCAAAGAAUGUCUGAGAAUGCACACAGGACCUCUCCCGCCUGUUCCACUGCACCUCAGAAAUGCCCCAACAAGGCUCAUGAAGAACUUGGGCUAUGGUAAAGGCUAUAAAUAUAACCCCAUGUACAAGGAACCUGUAGAGCAGGACUAUCUGCCAGAAGACCUGAAAGGAAUGAACUUCUUCAAGGAAGGAAAAACGUGAUAGCCUUGGUCUGAAUGUUUUUUGAUUUUGAUGCAUAUGUUUAUACUGGGUUGAAAAUUCACCUUCUAGUAUCAGCCGUGUAUCUCUGAGGUUGAAAGUACUAAAGCGAUGAGCCUUUGAGACACUGUCUUAUCCUUCUGGUUGUACUACUGCUAUUGUGAAGUGUUUUGUAAAUAAUUACGGCUAUGCAAUAUAGAAAUACAGAAGUAAGCUUUAUCAGCGUAAUAGCGUUACCCCCUAGUUCAAAUGAACCAGAGAAAUUAUAAACAUGACUUGUAUUUCUGGCUCUUUCUAUGAGACUUUCUAUGAGGAAUAUUGUCAAUCUCCUUUUUAAAAUCAGUAUCUAUUUCAGAUUUUGAGAAUGUUUAUUUUCCAGAAGAAGAGUAAAUUGCCCCCCAGCUAAAAUAUGGUAAACAAAAUGUAAUUACAAUGUAAUACUUGUUUAUAUGAUGUUCCAGAGACUAAUUUUGUACAACAACAUUUAUUAAACCAAUAAAGUUGUUGAAAGCAGUG